GGUCCCGCUGGAUCGUGUGCGCGUGAAGAAAACAGUUUUUGUAACCUCGUCUCGUUCGAUUGUCGUGCGUCGUCUCGGUUCGUUCCUCUGGUGAGUGUGUUCGGCAAAGGCCUAACGGCGCGCGCGCGCGCCUCCCCCCACCCCCCUCCACAGUGUCCGUGUGGUGCGUGCAAAAACAUCGCACGGGUUGUAUCUCUCUCGCUUGUUACGCUUUUUGGUGUAUCCGUGUUUCCUUGUCACACAUAUAUGUACCGGGGAAAGUGUACUCGUACACUAUAUUAGUAUACAAACUACGUACAUAUUCUACGUAUAUAUAUAUGUAAAAUACACAUAUAUACGUGCGAAAGGAAGAUACGCGCCGGGUAACGUCGCGUACAGUGCACGAAACCAAGAAGGAGCGAGAAGGGACAACAGAGUAGAAGAAGAAAUCAGCAAAGAAGAAGGAGGAGGACGAGGCGAACGAGGAGGAGGAGGAGGUGGUGGCGGCGGCGGUGUGGAGGGGGAGGCGGUACGAAGUGUUGGAUUUGUUUUCUCGCACAACGGUGGAGCAAAACGGCCUCAAACUGUGGGGCUCUGGGGCGUUUUUUCUUCCUCCGCAAGGGAUGUACUACCCCCACAUGGUGCAGACAGGCAUGGCUGCGCCCUACGGUGGGGGUGUCUUCCCCCCGCCGGUUAACGGCGUAGCGGGCGUCGUCGGGGCGGCUGGCGCGGCCGGUGAGGUGAAACCACCGCCGCCAGUGCCCGUCAAAGAAGACAACAGUGGUGCUCCCCAGCAACCACCACCCAGCGGGCCUCAAGUACCACCACCAGCCGGUGCUCCACACCCGACGGCCCCUGGUGCACCAACCGCGGCCAGUUUCAGUCCGCCCCCACCUCCGAAUGGUGUCGAUCAACAGGCAAUCUCGGAGGUGUUUCAGGCAGCAGUUGCGGCCGCGGCGGCUGCAGCCGCAGGCGGGGGCGGCCAGCAACCGGCCCCGACGCCCGCCGGCAACGAGACCAGCCCCGAAGGCGCUGUCGAAGGCAGCACCCUGGUACCUGUCACCUCAGGUGCGACGACACCUGCAACCGCGACACAGGGCACAGACCUGAAAGGACAACCGAAACGCCUUCAUGUCAGCAAUAUACCUUUCCGCUUCCGAGACCCUGAUCUCAGGGCAAUGUUUGGGCAAUUCGGGCCAAUCCUCGACGUGGAAAUCAUAUUUAACGAAAGGGGAAGCAAGGGAUUCGGUUUUGUAACAUUCGCAAAUAGUGCUGACGCGGACCGGGCACGUGAGAGGCUACACGGCACCGUGGUUGAGGGCAGAAAGAUUGAGGUGAACAACGCGACGGCGAGGGUGCAGACGAAAAAACCACCGACGGUACCCAACGUAUGCGUACAGUGGCCAGAGGCCGCGGCGUUGAGAGGAGUCGCCAUCCAAAGGGGCCGAGUGAACGCCGCGAGGGCGGCCUUCCCGACGAGCGCAGCCGCGCUCGCCCUCGCCAGGAAUCCGGGGCCGCUCGCAGCUGCGGCCGCGGCCACGGCCCUGCAUCCCUUCGCACCUGCCGUCUAUUACGACCCAUUCCUAGCAGCGCACGCAGCGACACAGGAUCCCAACUACAGGCUGCAGCUGGAAUGGCCUCAAGCAACAGCUGACGUUAGUUGACACGUUUUGCCAGGCUUGCACACACCCGUGGAAUACGCA